ACGAGAGCACAUUAUUACAUUAUAGCAGAGAUUCACAAAACACAAAAAGUGACAGUAUGUCGCGCCAUUAUUUCUAAACAUUCUGCAGGACUUUCAAGUUUCACUUCCGUCUGCUGCGGCUGCAGGAGAGGAGCGUCACCCCUGCUGCCGAGCGGCUGACGCAUUUGCGCUCUGAUUGUUGUUUGCAUGUCCAAAAGUCAGGGUUGAUCAAACAUGCGGGGCUCGUUGAUACAAUCUGCCAGCUCUUUCCCAGUGUGACAGAGGACGGCAUCGCAUCUGAGGAGUGAUCUUGAACGGGAGACGACAAGGGGAAAAUAUUGACAGGUUUGAGACCAGUAGACCUCCUCACUGUUUGCCUUCAGUCUCUUGUUGGUCGGCACCCCCCAACCUGCUGUCCAGAUGGCCUCAGGGCGAGGAGACAUCCCAGCGCUCGAGUCUGGCAUGUCUGCCAUGUCUGCUGGCUUCUGUGGUUCCUUAGCACAUCCCAUCGGAAUAGUCCGACGCAAUAUCAGCUAUGAUGAGCACAUGGAUGCCCCUAUCAAUUCACCACCUCCAGACAUGAAUGUCAACAUCUUGUGGAAAGAUCCUGUCAUUCCACAGCACAGGUUCAGGGACGGUGCAGAGGACGGAGAGAAUGCCGGGCAGUUAUUGACAUUUGAGACGACGAUGCCACUCAAGCCCCCAGUGCCAAUAGUGAAAACCAAAGCCACAUCUUUAAUGAGCUCACUAAUGAUAAAGCACACCCAAGAGAACCUCCGGGAGUUUGAGCACCAGGCAGGACUGACAGAUGCUGUUUAUUCACCGCACAAGGGCCUCUCAGCUGAGGAGACCCGCUUUCAUCGACUAGUUGAUGGCACAUUACCACAGAAGUUGAGAAUGCCAAGUGGGGAUUUCAAGGAGGACAGGCUUACAACAUCAGCACAAUCCACCCCAAGUGUCACCCCCUGCGUCACCCCCUGUGUGACUCCCUGUGUCACCCCCAGUGUCACCCCCUGCGUUAGUCCCCUCUCAUCACCAGCUCUUAAUCGCAGGAGCUGGUUACAGCUGAGUCCAGGACCUUUUCUUGCUGCACCAGAGUAUAACAGAGCUAACUCCAGCACAGACAUGGGAGGAAAUGAGGGUGGAGGUGGAGGAGGAUUAGACAGGUGGAGCUUCUUUGGAUCUCGGCCUGUGGUUCACAAGUCCCCCACUGACCCAGGCUCCGAAACCAGCACUGGCUUCUCACUGCAGUCCUACUUUGGACUUCAGAAGUCUUCUACCAUGGAUGGCACCAACACCCAAGUCAACCUAAAGGUGGAAGACCCUGCCAAAUUCAUGCCCCCCAAAAUUGAUAUCUCAGGCAUUGAAGCUAAGCAAGUUGCCCCACGUCCACACAAACUUAAACCCCGGGACAUGAAUGUUUUAACACCAUCGGGCUUUUGAAGUCAGACCAGCUCCUUCUGUGCCACAUCCGAGCUAGUUUUCUUUCUCCAUCUGACUGCUCAUAUGCUUUCCUGCUUUCCCGCUUUCUUCUGUCUCCUCUGCCUCCCUGCAAAUCCCCGGAGGCUGAGGGGAAUGAGGACCACCUACAGUAUUGGCUCAUCCGCCCCAGAAAUGUUACUGCCCCUCUCCCUUCCAACUCAUUGGUCCAAAUAAAAUAAGAGAAAAUUAUAAGUUGUUCAUUGAGGAUGCUUAAAUUUUUUUUUGUUUUGUUUUGCUUUUUUUGUGCAUCACUUAGUGGCUGCAUUGGUAUGCAUUGACUUAUCUGUACUUAUCCUUUGUCCGCAGUGGUGCGUGGUUGAAGUUGAAAUAUCUUGUCAGUACUUUGCAAAAGUUAACCACUAUAGCAAUGCCUGUAGUACUAAAACUGACCACCUAUUUCACUUCAUGAUGAUAAUUUUCUGUCGCAUUUGUAUUUUUUUUUUCUUCUUCUUCUUAAUAAGAUCACAUAAAUAUUGUUGAGUCGUGCUUUUCUUCUUCAGCAUGCAAAGCACAGAAUGAUGUGUGACUGAUAUUGUGCCUAAACUUGCAGGGUGUUUUUCCUUACGGCAUCAAAGUUUAGCUUUUUAUUUUGUGAAAGAACAUAUUUGAGUGAGUAUGAUUGCAGACCUGAAGUGAUGGUUUUUAAAACAAAAAAAAAGUUUUUUUUUCAUCUUGUCCUGCUUUAAAUUAACUUUUCUUCUAAAUAGGUAGUAUAUUUUGUUGAUUUUAUGACAUUUUUACAAAAGAAAUUGCAAUGAGUCAAUGCACAAAGAACAUUUAUGAAGCAUUCAAGAGGUCAUUCUUGAUUUUGUGGUUUUUGUGUCUUGAGAUCCCUUCUGGUUUGUUGGGAGAAAAGAUGAACACCACUAAUUGCACAUGGGAGUGACUCCCAAUGACAUCCGUUAAUAAAUCUGAUCAUAACAUAA